GGUGCGGAGUGGAUCCUUUUGGAAACUUUCUUCCGUUGACGGGUCGCAGUGGGCGGCGUCGGUGACGUCACGACUUAUUUUUUUCCCCCUCCGAGUAUCUGGCAGUUUGGCGCUCCGAGGUUUAUCAGAAGGUUCGAUGCCCGAACGGGAGAGUUCGGUCAACCGAGGAGUCGGAGUUGAGCCAAGUGGAGGGACUUGAACCCGCCAGACACGCGCACGCGGAGAGGCGAGAGUCGCCUGCCGCCGGUUCGGCUGCAGGUUCUUUAACUUCCAGCCUGACUGUUCGCCCGCGGGGAUUACUCGACAACUUUCAUUGUGGAAUCCACGCGUAAGUGACUUUCAAUCCAAUCAUGCUAUAGUUCCUUAUCAUGGCGUCCCCUGGGCUGGACCUGAACCAGAACUUGGUCCAGCUGCACAAAGUGGGGUCCAGCAGACACCCUGACAGACCGAGCCCCCCUGCACAGCUGCCCGUCAUCUACAGUCCUCCUCCUGGCCCGGACCCUCAGACGGUCUGCAUCCCCUCGCCUUACGUGGAGAGCAGUUUGGAUUUCGGAGCCUUGACCUUCUACAGCCCACCCGUGCUGGGAUACGCUCGACCCCCUAUCGCAGACUGUCCCUCGGUAAGUUCACCGCAAUUCUGGCCGUCAGGAGGCCACAUUAGUGAGCCGCCACUGAGCGUCCACUGCCCUCCGCCGCCGGUCUACCCCGAACGCCACGGACCCUGGACAGAGCCCGGAUCUUCGCCCCUUAACAGCUUCAUCAGCAGCUGUAAGCUCAGAAGGUCUGAGACCUCUGAGGGGAAGUCAGAACUCCAUCUCUGUGCCGUGUGUCAAGACUACGCCUCCGGGUACCACUAUGGCGUCUGGUCCUGCGAGGGCUGCAAAGCCUUUUUCAAGAGGAGCAUCCAGGGUCAUACGGACUACAUCUGCCCGGCCACCAACCAGUGCACCAUCGACAAGAACCGCCGUAAGAGCUGUCAGGCCUGUCGACUGCGGCGCUGCUACGAGGUCGGGAUGAUGAAGUGUGGUGUGAGGCGGGAGCGCUGCAGCUACCGUGGCACCCACCAUCGUCGCAAUGGCCCACAGUCUCGGGAGCCCACAGCCAGGACCCUUGUCCAGGCGGGUCUGAGAUCCCGGACGCAGCGACACCUGCACCUGGAAGGUCCCCUGGCUCCGUCCACUCCCCUACUAGUCACUCACAAGGCGUUCCAGACCUCCAUGAGUCCAGAGGAGUUCAUUGCCCGCAUCAUUGAGGCCGAGCCGCCCGAGAUAUAUCUGAUGGAGGACCUGAAGAAGCCCUUCACUGAGACCAGCAUGAUGAUGUCGCUGACCAGCCUGGCCGACAAGGAGCUGGUUCUGAUGAUCAGCUGGGCCAAGAAGAUCCCAGGUCAGAACCACAGACUGUUUCCGGUCCAGUUUCCAACUGCGUAUUUCGUUUGUGUGUGUGUGUGUGUGUGUGUGUGUGUGUCUCCAGGCUUCAUGGACCUGGGCCUGUCAGACCAGAUUCACCUUCUCAAGUGUUGCUGGCUGGAGGUCCUCAUGCUGGGACUCAUGUGGAGAUCAGUGGACCAUCCAGGGAAGCUCAUCUUCUCCCCGGACUUGAAGCUCAACAGGGAUGAGGGUCAGUGUGUCGAGGGCAUCAUGGAGAUCUUUGAUCUUCUCCUGGCAGCCACGUCUCGUUUCCGUGAGCUGCAGCUGCAGAGGGAGGAGUACGUGUGUUUGAAGGCCAUGAUCCUGCUCAACUCCAACUUGUGUUCAACUCCUGCUGGGACCCCCGAGGAGCAGGAGAGCCGGAAGAGGCUGAUGAGUCUGCUGGACCUGGUCAUCGACGCGCUGGUCUGGGCCAUUGCUAAAACAGGGCUGUCCACGCAGCAGCAGACUCUGCGCCUGGGACAUCUGACCAUGUUGCUGUCUCACGUCCGCCACGUCAGCAACAAGGGCAUGGACCAUCUGUCCACCAUGAAGAGGAGGAACGUGGUCCUGGUUUAUGAUCUUCUCCUGGAAAUGCUGGACGCCAACACACCCGGGUCAGAGACCGGCACUCACUCAGACCAGAACCAAGAGCCUGAAACAGGAGCUGCUGAGGACCGAUGCAUGUUCCCCUCUGCAGCGCCACCUGCUGGUCACACAGAGGAUGGAGGGUCCGCAGUUCUGGGUCCGUAGCCAGGGUCGGAGCCGCAGCUCCAGCUGUGAGGACUGCGUCAUUGGCAAGGAGUCUUGUGAUCCAGUCCAGAUUUGGGUGGUUGUCUUCAAACUGUGACUGUAGUUUCAUGUUUUGUUUGUAGAUGUGAAUGUCAGCUGUUUUGAUAUCGGCAGUGUUUGUACGAUGUUUUUAAACCUCUUCGUAAAUGGGCCGCUGUGUCGGCGCUUACGUGAAUGUUUCUACGUGUUUUCAUUACUUUUCUAAACUUUGUACGAGAAAAACCACAUCACUUCUACCUGCUCCGGCUUUAAAAAGCAUGUUGUGUUCAAGUGUUUUCUUACAGUGAAAUAUGGAACUUGGUGCCGUUUGUCUAAGAUAGCCACAUUGCUAACGCAACUAAAUCGAAGUUUGUGUCGUGUACGCUCUUGUGGUAGCUAACGUUACGCCUGGCAUGGUUGUGUGAUUAGCAUAAUGUUAUCAACCUCUUUCUCCGUUUCUCAACGAACAGUACUUUAGUUUAUUGAAUUCUAUUUUCAGGUCGUGUCUGUUCAAAAUGUGUUGCUCUGAUGCCUCAGUGUAAUAUUGCCUGGACAAAUAAAGAUCCAAACCAA